AUGCCCGCUAGGGCUGGCGACUACGGCAUCGUGAUCGACGCCGGCUCGUCCGGGACCCGCUUGCGCAUCUUCCGCUGGUGGCAGCAGGCAGGUCGGCGGCUCUACCUGCGGGAAGUGAGCGCCGGAGAGCAGGCGGAGGCGCUGCGGGUGAGGCCGGGCCUGAGCGCCUUUGCGACUACUCCGGAGGUCGCCGCAGCGCAGGUCAGCGGCCUGGUGCGCGUCGCCGCCUCGAUCGUGCCCGCAGCAGCUCAGGCCGCCACGCCCGUCUACCUGUACGCGACGGCGGGCCUGCGGCUGCUGCCCGCCUCGCAGGCGCAGGCGCUGCUCGACACCGUGGGGAGGUUCCUGACCGGGCAGGCAGCGGCGCCGGCGGAGGAGUGGCGCUGCCCGUUUGCCUUUGGCGAGGCGCGCGCCUCCUCAGAGGCACGCCUCAUCUCGGGGGAGGAGGAGGCGGUCUACGGCUGGAUCUCGGUGGCGCACGUCCUGCCCGAGGGCGUCAGCGCCGGAGAGAUGAAAGACAGCGAGCGGGCCUCCGCCGCCGUGCUCGCCCCUCCCUCCCCGCUCGGCCGCGUCGGCGUCGGCAUCGAUGGAGCGGCAGAAAAAGAACACGCGGAGGCGGAGCGGCUCGUCGACGACUGCUACGCUGUCGAGCGGUGCGGCCGGCUGUCCCGCCCCUUCCUCGGCCGCUUCUACGGCGCGGGCAACUACUACUACACGGCGUUGCAGUUGGGCCUCGCGCGGCCCGCCGGCAUUUUCCUCUGGCGGCACGCGCGGCUCGGCUGCUUCUCGGGCCUCUAUGUCUCCGAGCUGCUUCGUCGCCUCGUCUCGAUCCCCCCCGACGCGCCCAUCGCAGUGGCUCGCUCCAUCGACGGCACCACCCUCGACUGGUCGCUCGGCGCCCUCCUCCACGCCUCGAGCGGCGCGGGCGGCGCGCCGACUGGGGGCGAGACGGCGCACGCCGCACACGCGGUUUACGCGACGCGUGAAGCGAGCGGCACUUCGCUCCGCGCCACCCAGCUGGACGCGUCCGCCGCGUCGGUGCCGGCGCCGUCGGCCGCGACGGCGGUCGUGUGUCGCCAGCUGCUCGCCGAUCCACUCGGCCGCGCGCCCCUCUGCCACGACGCGAUCCCGCCGUGGGCGGCCCUCGCCGCGGUGGCCGUCGCGUGGGUGGGCGGCUGCGUCGGGAGCUGGCUCUGCUGCCGCCGGCUCGCGGGCCCGCCGGCGGAGAAGCCGGCAGCGGCGCGCAGUCGGCGGGGAGGGCGGUCGGGGUACGCGCCGGUGGAGGCGAGGGAGGCGAGCCCGGACCCGCUUGCGGUGGAGUCGGCCGUGUAG